CGCGGAAUCCGGUGAACGCAAUCGCGUCUCGUUUUCACGACACCAUUACUCGGGCGUUGAACGCGUACGGGAAUCGCUAAUCGCUGAUGAACACCGGGUCGGACGAGCCGUACGUAGGUACGCGGUGGCGUCCGAUGCAAUCGGUCGUUGAUGGGCGACCUGACGGCGCGUAGUUGUCGAAUGAACACCGCAGCUGUUGUUGCUGUCCGUAAUUCCUGAGAACUUGACAACUUGGACAGCGACGGGAUGGCGUACUACUACUAUUACCAGCAACACCACACUUCACCUGAUCCAAUUUCUCCAGGAACAACAACAGCAGAAUUAACACCACCACCAGUAUUACUAUUAUCACCACAACAACAAAAACAACAACAAUUGAAUUUACCAUUGCUCACACCAAUUUUGCCAUCAGUUACUACAUCAAUGCCAAUGACAACUACUGCAAUAACAUCAGAACAAAAUCAACAACUACCUACACCAAAUACAUUUAUUAGGCAUUGUGAUGAUAUUGGUUUGUUUCAUGAUCUUCAAAAUAUUGUGGUCAUGGGUUCAUUAACAGGAUCAUCAGAUGAUACAGCUAGUACAACUGUACCUAUUACUACUAAUGUUGCAAUGGUCACCACAUCAACAUCAACUGAACAACCAAUUACUUCAAAUGUAUUUGGCCCAUCAUCAACCGCUAUUGUGACUACCUUAAUGAUGGCUAAUCCAUUUGAUGAAACUUUCAAACAAGCAGUAUUACAACAACAAAAAAGCAAUACCAAUUCUUCAGAAAUUAUUUUCAACAACAAUAAUAACAAUGAUGGUGAUUUAAACACUCCAUUUAUAGCUACUACCACUGCUGUGGAUAUAUCCAAUAACAGCAAAAAUAAUAGUUCUUUGACGAUGAAAACUACUUCUAUGGAUAUGAUGACUACUACUGCAGAAGCAGCUUCAACUGAAAUUGAAUCUCUGAUGACAACUUCAACUACCGUUUCUAAUUUACAUCAGCAAAAUCUGUUUAUUUCAACAACAGCAUCAGAAACGACAGCUGGAACGGUAUUGGUAAUGAUGGUAGAGCAACAGCAGCAACAAAGACAACGGCAUAACUUAAUUGUCCCUGUACAGUCCCAAAACCAUCAACAGCCCUUCAUCAUUCCAACAACUACAACUACCACUAGUGUUAUUGACACGACUACAAUGACUAGUCAUCUUCAAGACUAUUAUAGAAAUGAAGGAGGUAAUGAAAAUGGUGAUAUAGUUAUUAAUGUUGAAAGUGAAACAACUAAUAUUAAACAGACAUUGAAACAGAAUCUAUUAGGAAAACGACUAAAGGAAAAACAAAAGCCACUCUUUUUUACUAAAAGACAUCAGGAGCUCAGGCAGCUACAACUGCAGAAUAAUGAUAUUAAUGUCACGACAAAUACCAUUAGCAAUGAUAAUGGAAUCAAUAAUGAUAGUCAAGAAGAUAUCAAUGAUCGAAAACAGAAACAAAAACAAGAACUAUUAGAGAGGAACAGGUCAGCAGCAAGAAGGUGUAGAAUUAAACGAAAGCAAAGGUGGGAACUCCUCUCUGAAGAGAACCGAAGGCUCAAAAUUGAAAACGGACGAUUACGCGAUGCUAUUGCAAAACUUGUUAGUCCUGGCUGUAGUGGUUUACAACAAUAGGUUCAACAUCAAAUUAACCAGCACUCAAUAUAAGCUUUAAACAGUGAUGAUAAUAGAUGUUUGAAAAAUUGUUGAUGGUUUCUAUUUAUUAAUAACCUAGUAAUAUUUCAUACAAUGUUGAUGAAUAUGACUGAUGGUAUAUACUGGUAUUAAAAUAUUCUUUUCAACUGAUUAGAUAUGUUAUUAAAAAUAAUUGUUCUCAAUUAUAGUAUAAUCAAAUAUGAUAUACUUUACCUAUACGAAAUUUCUUUUGUGUUCAAUUUUAUUACCAAUAAAUUUAACUAUAAUUUAAAAUAAUAUAUAUGAUAAUAAAAUACAGUGGUCAACGCUUAUUGGACUUAUAUUUAAUUAACUGAUUUGUUUAUUGGAGUCUAGACGAGUUUUUUUGAUAUAUAUAUAUACACAUAGAAAAGAAUGUAUCUAUUAGAAUCACUGCACCAGUUAAUGGAGUAAUUUCUUAUUUCUACACAUUAAUAUAUAUCAAUACAAAUCUUUUAGAUUUACAUUUUAUUAUUAAGCUGGAAUUUUAAUAAUGUUUAAAAUUUCAUUUUAUUUUCAGUCAAAAUAUUUGUAUCAUAUUCCAUUUUCUUAUUGAACAUUGUUCACUUUAUUGAAUAAUUAACUUAAUAGACUCAAAAUGGUCUAGUCUCAAACUAAGUCUAAUGAGUGGUGACCACUUAAGUGUAAAAUAAUAUGCAAGUAUGGAUUUUCUUUAUAAAAAUGAAUAAUAAGGUGAAUAUAAUGACAUACU